GCUGCUGCCACACAUUCCACCCAUCCACGUCCGCGUCGCGAGAUCGCAAUCGGCAGCAGCAUGCCCGCCUCCAUGCCAUCGUCGCUGUGUCUCCGCUGCCUGCGGCGCUCUCUGCACGCCGUCGAGACGCCAACCCCCGGCCGCACCGCCUUCUCGACCUCUUCCUCCCUCGCCGCGAACCCGCCGAAGAAGAAGGCUGUCGUCGCGAGGCCAACAGCACGACCGGGCAAGACAUUGCGCCUGAACAAGAACAAGCGAGCGGCGACGGCGCGUCCUCCGGCGGUCGGUGAGAGGAAGGCACUGCGGAAGCGAGUCGUCCUCAGCAAUUCGAACGCAUUGGAAGUGCCGGGCUUGCCCGACUUGAGCCCAGGCACUGCGAAGAUCGCGCAGCUGCGAGAGCUUCGGGGCAGCGUGGUCGGUCUGCAGACCGAGACUGUGGACAAGAUCCGCGCUCUAGAGGCCUUCAAAACCACGCAAGGAUGGAGCCUGUUUCGUCGACCCGCAACGCUCGUCAGGAAGGAGACGGUAGAGCUUGCCGGCGAUCUGGAAUGGAUUGUGGAGGCAGCGCAAGAGGGAAGGACGGUACGCAAGGUCCUUUACGGCGCGCGAGGGAGCGGGAAGAGUGUAUUGCAGCUGCAGGCCAUGGCUAUGGCCUCCCUUCACAAAUGGAUCGUCAUCCACGUACCCGACGCCAAAGAUCUCACCAAUGCUUUCACCGCAUAUGAGCCCAUCGAGACGGAACAAGGCACCAUGUACAUGCAGCCGACAUAUACCGCGAAGCUGCUGGACAAUGUUAUCAAGGCCAAUGGCGCUCUGCUAUCUACGCUUCAGGUGAAGCAACAACACGAUAUUGGCGUCCCCAUACCGCCUAAUGCAUCUCUCGACCGCCUCGCUGCGAUUGGUGUUCAAGACCAUGAUCUUGCCUGGCCAGUGUGGAAAGCCCUUUGGUCCGAACUGUCCCUCCGCGAUGCUGGUCGGCCAAGCAUAAUGUACUCCCUCGACGCCUUUGACCAUGUGAUGCGCGAUUCUGCAUACCUGGAUGCCGAGACACGACCGAUUCACGCCCACGAACUCACUCUGGUCAAGCACUUCGUUGAUGCCCUGUCCGGACGAACCCCGCUGCCGAAUGGCGGUAUGGUGCUAGCCGCCGUCUCUCAGUCGAAUCGAGCUGCCACGCAUACUCUGGACGAGUGUCUGGAGCGGAAUGAUGCGAUUCAAGAUGGUCGAAAGGUGAAGGAUUGGGAUCCGUAUGUUGCGCAUGAUCAAUGGGUGCAGGAGGUGAUGGAGACAGUGGGCGUGAGGAAACUUGAGGGCUUGACAAAGGCUGAGGCGAGGGGGAUUAUGGAGUAUUAUGCUCGGAGUGGGAUGUUGCGAGCCAACGUGACUGACAGCCUUGUGUCGGAAACAUGGACGUUGGCAGGAGGUGGGAUUAUUGGACAAUUGGAGCACGGGAGUGUACGAGCGAGAAUAUGAGGACUUUCGCUCACGUCAACACACGAGUUUUCUUGUACAACAAUGAAAGGAGCUGCCUACAGCUUCAUAAGCUCACGUACGUACGAAGAUGUGGCAUUAGCGCCUCAUUCCGUUCGCAGAUCGUUGCAGGAUGCGUUCACUGUGUUGUGUUAGUGCUCGCCAUCGACGUCCCGUGCAUGGGUCUAGUCUUCAUUGUAUAAGACAUGAACGAAUGGUGGCAGUAUGACAACUGGACUGCAGCUCCAUCUUCCACUACGACCGACCAGGACCGUUCUGCUUGGCCAGGCACUCGCGACUCCUGACCCUGUAUCUACUUGUUCCCCCUCACAGUCAACUCGCA